CGCAGCCGCCCUUCGUCCCCUGAAUCCUGUCCCAAACGCUUAUUUUCUGCAGAAGAGCCUCAUUGAUCUUCUCCACGUCAAGGUCUGCCAACCAAUUCUUCGGGGGUUGAAACAACCUUUUGCCUUGUUAAAAUCCUCGUGCAGGGGGCAUGAUGACCACAAAAUAGCUGUCCCGCGAUGGAACUACCCAAUGUGAACCAAACUUUUGAAGCGUGCAUGCAGUUUUGGCCCCGCUCCUUGUAGGUAAACGAAAUGGGCUCUCCCGGCAAACGCGUUCCGCGAAUGCCUUUAAAUGAGCACGCAAGAGCCUCUCCAUCUGGAUCUUGUUUCUCGUCGUUUCUUACCAUCCCAUUCUUUUUUUUUUCACUGUUGAUCUGUUGAUCCGGUCGGUUUCCACCAACUUUUUACUUUCGUUCACGGUUACCUUCUGGAAAGGGUGCCUCUUUUAUAUCAUCAUUUAAGCUUGAUCUGUAAUCCAAAAAAAGCAGUCUCCACCCUUAUUUCUUCUUCAAGAUGAAGUUCUCUUUCGCUGCCCUCGUCUUCGGCGCCUCGUGCGCCCUUGCCGUCCCUCUGGUCGAGCGCGAUCUGGUCGAGCGCCAGGCUGGUGGUGCCUGCUUCUUGGUCGGCAAGACGACACUCCCCAAGGAGGUUACGGACGCGGCCACGUCCAUCGCCCCGAGGGUCACGUGCAACGCCGCCGUCAAGACCAUCGACGGCGUGCCCGACGUCACCGAGGGAGACAUCUCGUUCAGCAAGAUCAACUUUGCCGACUCCAAGCAGAGCCCGCUGGCCUUUGCGCUGGCAAACUUCAAGACGGCCACGCCGCUCGCCAGCACCGACCUCAAGAAGUUCCAGGCGCAGGCCGACGUCUACACGGCCACCGAGGCAGGCAUCCGCUCCGUCGGCGGCAACUUCGCCCCCAUCAAGAUUCCCAAGUUCUUCCUGGCCAUGCAGAUCAGCAGAAUCCAGACCGCCCAGGGAAACCCUCCCGCGGCAGCUGCCCAGGACAUCGACCACCUGAGGGACAAGGUCCUCAAGAACUCGCCCAGGGAGAGCAAGGAUCUGCUGGAUCAGGUCACGCAGCUUGCUACCGUCCGCUCGUGA